AUGUCUGACCUGCCUCCGCCCCUACCCACCCCGUCCACCGACGACGCAUCGUCGAUUACCUCUGCCCCCGUUCAACCUACCCUUCCUGGACAAACGAUCUGGGGCAUGACUAUCGAUGUGAGCGGCCUUCAGAAUAGAAUCUUUCAGCUAGAACGAGAGCUCCAGUUCGAGAAGAGGGAGAAGGAGAGCAUGCGGGCCAAGUACGUGCUCGAUCUCGAAGAGCGAGAAAAGAAGCACCGAAAGAAGAUCAAGGAAAUGGAGGGGGAGGUAGAGAUGCUGAAGAAACAGCUCGCCGACAGCAACAGGGCGAUAAGCGAGCUGCGAUCAGAGAUGCACAAAGAGAUUGCAAUCAACAAGCGCCAACGCGCACGUCUUCUCUGCGGAUCAGUAGCGUAUGUCUAUAUCGAGAGCGCGGUUGAAUUCGUCUUCCGAAAUCGGUCGCGUCCACAGAUUCGUCGCUUGAAGCGCGAAUUGUCCACGAUCGAGGAUAUCCAGGAAGAGCUGAAGGAAGAUGUCGAAACGGCGCAAUGGACGGAGUUCGCGACCAAGUUCUACGCUGACGACUACGACAACGUUCUGCAGAAGCUAGCUAAGGACCGGGUCAACAUCGCACACCCAACGACUGAGGACGACGACAGCGACGGUGUUCCUCCCGAGAGGAUGCAGGAGAUCAUCCACGAGGUGUACAACCAAAAGGCAAACCGUUCCCUGCGUGUCACGGCGGUGAGGUUGGUUGACUCUCUCGAUUCUCUUCGUCGUGCUCUCGGCAAGUCGGAUUUGUUGGGGUGA